UCCCAAUGGAAUGGACGGUUGGAGUAAGGCUACUAAAUUAGAUCAGCAUACCUCUAAAUCUGAACUGAGUUUAACUCUGCAAGGAUUGCUGUUCGAGCUCCACUCUGGCAAUCUUAACACGACCAAUCCAGUGGAAGUGAAGGCUGGAUUGUUGAACAUAUUCAAGCAGUGUGGAGAUGAAACUAAAUUGCAGAUAAAAUGGUGCCAACUAGCAGUUCUCUCCCUUAACGCGACUCAGUGUGUGUUUACGACACAGGAGCUGAACAACUGUGCUACGUUUAUAAUAGAUGUGUGCAGGGCUGCCAACUAUCUGUACUGCACUGUUGAGGCACUUGGGGCCCUUCUCUAUAACACCGACCUCAAUACACUAAGAACACUAGACGUGCUGCUCGGUGAAAGAGGGAUGAUGUUGGAGCUAAGUCUAGGUCUUGCCCCUGAGAGGGAGGUACAGCAUCUAGCACUGCGCUGUCUCAACAACAUGCUCAACAGUGUGACGGAUGAGAUGUUUGUGACACACAUAGUGAGCACACUAACCACUCUGGCAACCGCCCGUCUCCACGGAGACAACCUGAACAGAGCUCGUCUCUUAUCAGGGGUCAUGAAGUGUCUCCAAACCAUCGCUAAACACAAUACUUCUCAGUACUUGCUGGAACAGAUACUCAGUAUCGUCAAAGGCUCUAUAUUUGAAGGAGCAAGUCAGAGUACGAGUCCUGCUAUAAGUCUGGAGUCUUUGUCUCUAGACGAACUGAACUUGUCUGAUGUUAACGAACCUGGCCACACCCGCUACUCCCAACCUCGUGUUAGAAACAAGAAAGGAAGAGGGAAGCGGAAGAAACAAGAUGCACGCGACUCCCCUAAACCGAGGAUUGAUCAUCAGAACGAUUCAAACAAGGGCAGAAAGAGAGCAGAGCAGGAAACUUCGUGGAGAACUCCGCGCAGGAAACAGGCGCCCAACAACCAAGCGCCAAACAAGGCACAAAACUCGCCCCAAAUAGAGAGACCUAGCCCCAAGCAACAUCACCCAGCUGCCCCACCUCCUACUCAACCUGCUGCCUCCCCGGCUGUAGUCCCACCAAUGGAUAAAAACACCGCCUUUAACCCUCAACGUCAAACUGAUUUCUCAGUGUCAACCUCCGAGUCAGAGUACAGCGAGAGUGACACAGAAGAAGGGAUCCAGAACAAGGUGACGGCCGUGAAGUGCAGGACAAGACUGACGAGUCUGCAAACUCUGCAACAUUGCAUUUCCUGUGUUCACAAGAGCAGGACCUUCAGUGUGUGGUCCGCAUUUCUCCCUCAGGACCCUACUGCUGGGUUGCUGAACGUGAUACAGAAGGAACCGAACGUGAAGUGUAGGAUAGCAGGAUUAGGAGCUCUAUCAUCUCUCAUUGAGUCUGUUAAACACUACUUCGUAGCUGCUGACUCCAGACCUAGUAAAGGCAGAGCGGCCUACACCCCCUUCUCCCAGAGUCUAGCUACUGACCUGCUAACCCUUCACUCGGAGCUGUUGCUGCAGAUACCUGGCUGUGUGCCAGCUGUACUUCCACACUUGUUCCAGUGUCUGGCUGUACUUGUCAUUCACACGCCCUUCUCGAAACUGAAACCUGGUCUUGUAUCGAGUAUCCUGACUGAAUCAAUGAAGCACUUAUCCAGUGUGGGACACUACAAAGUGGAGGCAGCAGCACUGUCUCUGUUGUGUGCUUGUCUCACUGUAGAAACUCCACUACCAGAGGUGGGAAGUUGGCUGGGUGCCAAUGAGCAAACAGUAGGAAUGUGUUUGGAGCACCUCAGAAAGACAACACACCAGCGAGAUACUCUCCAGACUCUUUGUCAAAUACUCAGAUUCUACUUCACCCCCGUCAUUCACUGGUGGCCCCAGAUAACAGAUGCAGCUAAACUAACACUAGCCAGCAGUGUGGACACCCUGAUACAGAACAUGUCCCUGCUUGUGCUGGAAGAGCUGGGGCGCGCACUAUCCGGUGCCCUUGAAGCUGGCACGCUUGAACUUAGCACGCUGAAGGAGCACUGGAUCAAUAUUUUGAGCAGUGCGAUUGUGCCGAUACUGCAGAACGAGCACUCUCCAAUCAUGCCUGGAGCUUGUGAUAUUCUCUCCACUAUCGGUAACACAGUGUUUGCUUCAUUUGAAGUGCACACGCAGCGUCUCAUCAUGACCCUACUUUUAGCGCUUACUAACCCUACUGUUCCUGCCACUUCCUCUGCUUGCAGAUGUCUAGGAGUACUAGUAAUGUACCCUUGUAUACGAGACGACCUGCUAUUCGUAGCGGACACAGCUAACGCCAUCAUCACAGCUCUGGAGACAACAGACAGUGCUGACAGUGGACUUCUUCUCCGAGUUAGCUGGAGUCUGGGCAACUUAUCGGAUACUCUCGUCGUUAACAAACUCAAUAAUCCUUCCUUUGUCACUGACUUCAGUGAUAUUUUACUCGGCAGGUUACUGGACGUGUCGUUAAAAACAGCAGCGUCUAACGACAAGGUGAAGAGCAACAUUGUGCGCGCUCUGGGUAACCUACUGCGAUUCAUGAAGCAGAGCACGCACAGCAAGGCACACUUUAGGGAGUACGUCGCGCGGAGUGUCGACUGUCUUCUUAGGGCAUGUACUUCAGGUAUGAUGAAGACACGCUGGAAUGCGUGCUACGCGCUGGUGAACACACUACAGAACCCAGUACUAAGUCCUGCUGACAGCACCUGGGGAACUGACCUCUUCACCACUCUGACCUCUGUUGUGGUGCACUGCAAGAACUACAAAGUGAGGAUAAACGCAACACUAGCGCUCGCGCAGUGCCUCACUCGUGCUUGUUAUGGGGGUAACUUUGUGAUGGUGUGGGGUACUGUGCUAGUGACACUAAGUGAGGAGGGAGGAGGCCCCGCAAUGUGCGGGUACACGGAGAGACUGAGGUUCCAGCUGGUGUUGUUGCUGUGUCACCUGGUGGUGAUACACCUGGAGGAGGACCACCGGGAAAUGUUCAGACACCUCCCUCACCCUCACCAGCAUGGAGCAUUAAUAUCACAGUGCAGUGCGGUCAGCACCUCAGAAAAACUCACCACCCUAGAGCAGGACCUGGUGACUGCUGCGCGCGUCAAGUGUCAGCAGUAUUCACCUGCUCUAGACCUCGUCCUGCACAUGCUGACUCCCACUCCACUGCCAAGUGACUCCGACGCCUUCAUCACCUCCGACAUCUCUAGCAACACCAAGUAGUGCUCACUAGCUGCAAAACCCAUUAAACCAUUAUCAAUCUGCCGACAGUAGCCAAGUAGUGUUCAAGGUGGACUAGCUGCAAAACCGAUUAAACCAUUAUCAAUCUGCCGACAGUAGCCAAGUAGUGUUCAAGGUGGACUAGCUGCAAAACCGAUUAAACCAUUAUCAAUCUGCUGACAGUAGCCAGGAAGCCCAACAUUGUCCAUCGCGUUUAGGUGUAAGAAUUGGGGAUAGAAUCAUAGUCCAAGUGGUCCUUUUGCUUGGACUUGUAGAUCUACGAUUAAAGUUCAAAGAAGAGGUCCAGAAUUAAAUUUCGAAAAAAAGACGUGAUUCAUACCCAACAUUUCAAUCUGUUCAACCAAUUUCCACGUUCUGGAAGUGGAGGUUACCCGAAAACAAUGUGGGCUUCUUGGGUACUGUCCUGUCACCUUGGUCUCCGAGGGACACAUUUUUGGAAUUCUUAAAAUUAUAUGAAAUAUUAUAAACUAUUUGUAGAUAAAGAAUCGUUUUAGUUUCUGAGUAUAGUAAGUUAAAGUUUAGUGAUCCCCGAUUUUAUUUAAUUAUUCCUCCAAUAAAUGGCAUAAAAUCGGGGAUCUGCUGUAGUAAGUUAUGUUUAGUGUGUGGUAAAUUAUUAUAUUUGUACGAGAAGGGCUCUUGCAUGUUUUAUUUUACUUUAUAAUAUAAAGUACUUUAUAUAGGGGGGGGUCCAAGGGGAACUUUGGGGAACUUUGGGAAAGUCCCCCAAGAUUUCUGAAGUUCCCCAAAAAAAACUUCUCCAAAACUCCCCAAAGUUCUCCAAAAUUCCCCAAAAUUAUUCAAAAUUAUUCAAAAUUUCUCUAAUAUACAUUAAUACCCAUU